UAUUUAUUCUGAACAAAUGUUAACGCCAACAAAAUCGAUCAAAAGUGAAUGUUCUGAACUUGGAUCAUUUGAAGUUCUUGUGACUUUGAAGAUACUUGCUGAUGAAACUGGGAAGGAAUUAUGGCAAGAAAUUUGUUUAAUGACUGAGAGAGAAACUAUUGGAAAGAUGGUUAAAAUUGCACAGGAGAAAUUUAUGCCUGCAGAAUAUUUAAAGAAAAACCUCAAAUUACGUAAUGUCACCGUAUUCUCUACUCGUUUUGGAUUGGAAGUUAGUGUUGUAACGGAUGGACAAGCAACUGACGGGGCAAAGUAUACUGCCAAUUUUUUGAAUUCUACUGAUCUGGUAGAACAUACUGAAGAUCCCAGGUCAAGUAGUUCUAAAUACCAGAAACUUCCUCUGGAUAAAAUUAAGAAUCUUGCCGAUGUUGAUAAGCAAUAUUCUGAGAAGAUGGAUCUUCUAAUGAAAACUGAAAGAGAUUUACUUAAGGCGAAUAAACAAAAGAAAACAGCUUUAAUUGAUUUAGAACAAGCUGAAAAAGAUUUGAAAGAAAAAUUGGAAGCAACAAAAGAUGGACAACGAAUUUUGGAUAAACAGGCAAAAGAUGUUGAAUUGGCUAGAGAAGAGAAAAAACGUUUAAUUAGUGACAUUAUACAAUUGGAAAGGGGCAAAAAGGAUUUGGAUGCCGAGAUUAAGUCUUUAAAUGAGAAGAUGACUAAAAAGACUAAAGAAAUUGACAAAUUGAACAAGGAUUUGGAAAAGCUGGAAAAGAAACAAAAAGGUAUGCAACAUCAAAUGGAGGUUUAUAAAAAUGAAUUAGAUAUUGAGUUGGAUGGAAUGAAUAAAUUAAAUUCGACAAAAGACAAAACAAAUUCUGAAAUUGAAAAUUUAAAAACAGAAAAACAAAAAUACAAAAAAUCUGUGGAUGAACUGAAAAAAAGUGAAAAAGAAUGUCGUCAACGUUUGGAAAAUUUGCAGGAAGAGGAAAAGAAUUUUUAUUUGAUGUUGAAUGAAUUGAAAGAGCAAAUACAAGUGGAAAAGUUGCAAUUAGAGGAUAAACAAGUUCAACAAGAAAAUAAUUUUGGACAAAAUUUCGAUCAAAAUAAUGAUAAUUUUGGACAAUUAAACCAAGAGGGAUUUAAUUCUCAGAAUAAUCAAAACUUUCAGUCUCAACAAAUUGAUUGUGGUGGAGAACAGCAGAGAGGAGGAGAUGAAGGACGAGAUGAAUCAUUUACUGUCCAAUGCAUGUAUUUCAAUGCCAGUGGAAAUUGUUGGAAAGGAGACAAGUGCACUUUCAUUCAUGACCUAAAUUUAGUAAGAGGACGAAGCAGAGCUAGAAAUUUUGAUAGAGACUAUAAUAGACCUGGAUCUGCUAUAUCGCCAGAUUUUAAACGUGAACGUCGAGAGGCUGUGGAGAAAUUUAGAGAGGAUCAAAAUGCUUCAUCCUCAUCUUACUUUGGCCAAAAUUAUAUGCAAGAUCGAAAAGUUUAUCUUGAAAAUGAACAGUUUAAUAUGGAUCCGGAGCCAGGAGAAUUAUUUAGUUAUGUUGAUAAUGGACCUAUUUUUGGUGCUCAAGGAUGGGCACCGCCACCUGCUGUAUUGAAUGGACCGCCACCACAAAUUAGUCCCGAUGCAAUACAACCAUUAAAUCCUGUAUUGCCCAAUUCUGUAAACAAUGAUUCUUUUGGAAAUAAUCAGCAAAAAUAUGAUUCUCCUGUAAGACGUGCACCUCUUAGACGGGCACGACCCCCAUCACGUAAACGAAGCCGUGGGGGUAGUAGUAUUAGUAAAAGAUUAAUUGGUCGGAAUUAUGGUAAUAAUAGUUAUAAUAAUAUAAAUGGAAAAUCUUAUGUUCUUGAUAAUAAACAAAAAGGUGGACGACAAAUGAGAAAAGAUGAAAGGUCAAGCAAUAAUAAAAAUCUUUCAAAACGUUACAAUGUUAGCCCUUUGAGAGAAAAUACUAAAACAAGUUCGUCAUCUGGAACGUAUGGUACUCGUCCUCAUAGUAUUGAGUCGUCCAUUAUGAAUAGAAUUACAAUAGAUGAACCACCAAGUGUUGGCAAAGUAUCGUCUAUACAUUCAAGAUUGUCUUUUGAAAAUCCAUGAAUUAAAAUUUUGGUUAUAAUUUUGAAGAGAUUUUUGAUGUUGAGAGAAGAGAAGAAGAAUCACUUAAAAAUUAUAUGCUUUUACUUAAAAAUUUGUUUUUAUUAUUUAAUUUAUUCAUUUUCAGGUAACACCCUUUCCCAACUUAUCUCUCAUUUUAGCUCAUUAAACAUUCCGUUAUAUUUUUUG